UGAACGAUACAGCGCGAAAGAUGUUGACGUUUGUAAGAGUUUCCUUUAAAGUAUGUAUUGGAUACUAAAUUGGACAUUAUGCACGCUGGUGGUUUGUGGAACCAAUAAAUAGUGUAUGGUGAUGCAAGCAGAAGAAAGGUCUUCUCGUUUCUAAUGAAGGAAGUAAACAACGUAGCCUACAUCGAAGCAAGAAAGCGCGUCAACCUAAUUUCUCCGGGAUCAAAGAACUCAGUAGUUUAAAGUAUCAGAUUUAGCUCCUAAAAUUCAAGUCAAAAACCUGGCUCGUGGAACUUUGUUUGGAACUUCGACACGUCUGGAUACAUCGAAGAUGAAGGAGGACGCGGUGUUAACGGGAGUCGUUGGAUUUCGUCUGUGCAAAAGAGUACUUCUGCGGUUUGCCAUCAGUGUAAAGGACGUCGCGACGCUCGAUUUAUAAGUUUCUAAAGCCGGCUGAAGAACACAUUAACAUCGGAUCAUCUAAUGGCGCGCGACGCACUGAGUUUGAAGACUGACGAGUCAUUGUCGUCUGGCGAUGAACUUCUGAUCUUCUCAUGUUGACGUUGCUCCUGAGCUGCUGAAAAACACUGAAAAGACAACGCAGAAUCUGACAAAGAGAGACAACAGAAUUUUCAGCAUCUGCUCUUCACUAGAUCUAGAGAAUCUGAGGGAUUUGACUGAAUCAAGAUGCUGCUGAUCAUUGAAGCUCUUCUUCUCAUUUUAGCUGCUCUAGGACAGGAUCACAGAGCAGCUGUUGACGGACAGAUAUUUCCACUGGAUAUAGCACUGAAUUCAGUUGAUGACAAUUAUGACGGCUGUACAAAAGAAAUGGCGAAUCUGGUAAAGACCAAGUAUUUAUCUUACAAAAACACGUGGAUUCGGUACAGGGGGCCUUUAUUCACCCCCCGGAGCCAUGUGAGGGAUGUUUUAUUACAGCGCUUGGAGAAGAGAUACACUCGUAAUGGCAAAACACACUACACAGUCAUGACAUACAAAUGGUAUUCACUUUACUUUCUUUUAACAGAUGAGAUACAGAUUCUGAAGAAACAACAAAAUAAAUGCUAUAAAACUUAUCGUGGUACAAAUGUUACAUUUAAUGGGCGUGCUUUUACAAGCAUUCGUUUUGGCUCAUUUACAUCAUCCUCUGUUUCUGCUGGCAGGGCAUACAGUUUUGGAAAUGUGUCUUGUUUUGAAAUCUACACUUGUGAAGGUGCUGAUAUAUCAAAAUAUUCUAGGGUUCCGUAUGAAGGAGAGGUGCUGAUUCCUCCAUACGAGACAUUUAAUGUCAAUCUCAGGUGUCAGACUGUGUUUGAGUUGAACAGCACUGGAAUAAAAAGUGACCUGAACUGUGCUCUAUUCAAGAAACCACCCAAGACCAAAAAAUUUAUGUUUUGCCCUUUGCUGAACUAAGUGGUUUGAAUGUACAUCAGUUCCACAAAAUUCAAUAUAAACAUUGUUUUCUUUGAA